UCGUUUGGAUUCUAAGUUACAGGCAGUCAAUCAUCCUCAGGCGACGGUGAUGGGUCGACAAACCCAUCUUCUGGUAGUAUCACCAUUCUCAAAGCUGAGAACCACCGAUCCCCCGCGAUACUGCUCGCCUAAUGUGCGAAAUAAAAUCCAUGUUGGUGGUCAUUUGUGUAAACCAUCGCAAACCAGGAUGGCCACAGACACCAUAGCUACUAGGUUAUAGUAAGGUAACUGGUUCCCCACGAGUGCUACACUUUUUCGCUGCAGUUCUCAUCCAGAAUGUCGCGUCCUCACUCAUUGUCUUCCCUUGGUUGUUAAAAAGGCUCCAUUUGAUGGAAUAUGAGUUACCAUCGCUUUCCCGCGACACCGUGUUAUCUUGACCCCCUCCUCGACGAACUAUACGAUGUCGAACAGAGCUAGGCUCGAGGCCCUUCUGGCACUUAUCAACUCGUCUGCUGGACAGGCUAUGGCCCUGUAUGAGCAAGUAAAUGGCACAGUGCCAUCUAUUGAUUCCACGGAGUUGCACCCGCUGGACGAGGCACUUGACCAAGUGGAACUGAAGGCUGCGAUCUGCACACUUGAAGGCGCAUGCGCCCAGCUGUGCACGACCUUGGCUCCUCCCGGACACACAGCAAUUAACCUCGUUCAAGUUUAUGACUACUCAUGUGUUUGCCUCGCCGUUCGGGAAAACAUCACAAAUAUCCUCAUGGACUAUCCCAAAGGCUUACACGUCAAUGAACUCUCCAAGAAAAUCAAUGUCGAGCCCAAAAAGCUGUCCCGCAUAAUGAGACUGCUCGCAACAAGAGGCUGCUACUCCGAAGUCGCCAAGGACGUGUUCACGAACACACGGUUGUCCCUUGUCCUGCACAGCGAAAAUCCCGUUCGCCAUAUGGCUAACCUGCAUACUGAGUCGGCGUCAAAGGGAGGUAACAAAGAGGAUUCCACACGAGAGAGCUACCACCGUUCAAUCCAAGGGCUUUCCAUUAUCAUGGGUUCUUCCGCCGUUCUUACCCAGUUCCCCUUCGGCAAAUACUCCACUGUUGUGGAUGUCGGCGGAGGCAUUGAUGCUUUCUCACUUCCUCUUGCCAAGAUACACAAACACGUGAAAAUCACGGUCCACGAUCUUCCCGAAGUUCUGACCCAGGCCAGGAGUGCCUGGGCAAGAGACUGCCCCGAAGCUCUCCAGGAAAAUCGGGUGGAGUUUUCGGAAUUAUACUUCUUUACGCAAGUGCCGGUACCAGGCCAGGAUAUCUACUAUCUUCGUAACAUUAUUCACGACUGGCCAGAUGAAGAAUCUCUGGUAAUCCUCCAAAACGUCCGGAAAAGCGAUGGGCAUCAACAGCCGUCCCCCCCCCCAUAUGAUUACGUGGUCCGUCAGCUGAAUCGCGAACAAGCAGCACCUGAGGCUUCUAAAUUUGGAGAUACAAUGGCUCCUGAACCUAUGCUGCCAAACUUCGGAGUUGGCAACAUGCGGACCUACCAACAAGAUGUGACAAUGUUCAUCAUGCACAAUGUGAGGGAGCGCAUGCUACCGGAGUUUCUGGAGCUUUCGUGGGUUCCUCAUCUGAUUGACAAUUACAAUUCGAACGCGGCUGGGUUGAAAUUGGAGAAAAUUUGGGAUCUGUCAGAAGCACGCGUUCUGGAGUCUGCCGCCGCUUGA